UAAUGAAGAUGAGCAAGGUGGGUAACCAGACCAACUCUCAGGACCCACAAGCCGUCAACUCCAGGGUGUUUGUGGGUAACCUCAACACGUUCCAGUGUAGCAAGACAGACGUGGAGCGCAUGUUUCAACGGUACGGCCGCCUCGCAGGGAUCUCAAUGCACAAGGGAUACGCCUUUGUCCAGUUCACCAACCCUUUCGACGCUCGCAGCGCUUGCCUGGGGGAGGAUGGACGGACUGUAUUAGGACAGACCCUAGAUGUGAACAUGGUUGCGGAGCCGAAACCACACCAAACGGGAAGGAAACGACAAAAUGUUGCGAAAACUGGAAACGACUGGGAUUAUUACUACGACAGUUACUACGCAUCCGCGCAAUUCCUGGCACCCCGACUUGUGCCGCCCCUGAAGCGCCCCCGCCUGAUGGGCGCCGCCCCUGCGCGGGCUGCUGUCAAGGGGGCGGCGCCCCACAAACAAGCCAGCCCACCCCCGGCGACCCCCCUGCCUCUCGGCCAACUCAAGGUGUACAGUAACCCAGACAUCCUGAUUUGUGGGAACUGCAGGGAGAUGUUCACAGAACUGCAGGAGCUAGUAGAACACAAGAAGACUUACUGCAAGCUGCGGUUCACCUGCAAGUGUACUACCAUCAACGGAGCAUUCGCAAAAUCUCCGGGACACGACACGGCUGCCCUACUCUGUGUGCAGUGUAAAGACUCAUUUCUGACGGCCUGGGACCUGAUGGAACAUGUCCAGGCGGCCCACAUGCUCAACAUCUACGAGCUCGGCUCCAGUAAGAACGCGAGACUGUCACCUGCUCUCGAGACGACGCCGCCUGUGUCUCCUAACGGCAAAGAGGAUGACAAGUCGGUAGCUGACCAAGACGAGAUCAUGACGUCACCGGCGGACAUGGAAGACGAGUUGUUAGAGGUUGAGUCUACUGCCCAAGCCUGUAUCAUGCACGCCCUCCGUAUAGACUCGACUGCCGCCAUGUUGGGAGCGGACGGACACCUCGUGAAGCCUAUGACCAACGGAGAGCUGAAGGCCCAAGAGUGAACCCUGACGCCCGCCCGCCGGUCUACAAGUACUCCAGUAGCAGCAGUAUUAACAGUUAGGGCUCUCUCUGGGGUAAACUGUCGCCCCACAGUCGAAGUGGGGUCAGGUCCAUAUCAGACACGAUUAGACAAAUUCGUCAAGUUAAACUUAUUUUUAUUAUAAAAUAAUCUUUAAGGUAAUACUGUACUUAGGAUUUAAGUUGUUUUGUAGCCUAAUAACAAAUAACAGUUUAAUAAGUUUGAUUUCAUCUUGUUUUUAAAGUUUUCUUGUAGAGUUAGGGUAUUCCAUUAAUAUUUAACGCUGCGAGAUUGAGAUUUUUGUAGAAGUAAAUUUUGUUCAGAGCUUAAUUAAAAUUGGUUUGCAAUACUGUUCAGGAAUUUUACUUCUUUUCAAAUUUUAGAAUGAAUGUGAUUUUAAUUUAAAUUCAAUUAGCGCUCAGUUUAAAUUUCUCAGAUCUAUAAAUAAAGUUCUACCCAAAAUUUAAGUCAAUAUUUGUGUUCUUGGUUAAAUAACAAAAUGUAAAUAUAAAUAAUAAAUUUUUACAAGCUAAUUCAGUUUACAGCAAUAAACAACAAUGAUUUUUUUCCCCUAAACAUACGUUUACUCUACAGUUUGAUGCAACGAACGAAUGUCUAUACUUUAUAAAUAGUCUGUAACCCUUGUGCUGGUUUUUAUGUCAAUAGAAUCCAACCAACUCUUCACAUUCUUCAUGUCUCCUCUUUUCUUCGAUCUAAACAAAUUGUAAAUUCUUUGCUUUGUAUUUUUACUUCAAUUCUGAAUAGAAAUUUACUGUUAAAUGCCGAAAUGAUCAAUGGCUCUCGAACAAAAAUACUUAAAGCUACUACGUCAUGUUUUGUAAAUUUUUCUCAAUUCCGUACUUAUAGAGCUUUACCUUAUAGUAUUGUUACUGUAGAUUGUAUUUAUGUUUGUGUUGCCUUUUUAGAAGAGCAAAUGUUUUGUUUGACUUGCUUAGCGAUUGUUUCCAAAGUUGGCCUAUUUUUAUUGAGAUUUAUUGUGUUAGAGUUUGAUAAUACAUUUUUAGAGUAUUUUGACCAAAGUAUACACUUACUUAUUACUGUUGUAGAAACUAAUGUUUAAGAUACUUUCCCGAUAGAUUUUAAAUAUAUGUAACCUAUUGUGACUGUUGGGCGUAAAAUAUUUGAUAUGAAUUUUAUGCGAAUUAGUUGCUUCUAGAGUUAUUUUUACUGUCUCCUUGAUAUUGUUAUUUACGACAAUCUAUAAAGUAGUGAAAAGUCAACACGAUCUCCUUGCACGGCUUAAAUAAUUGGAUUACCAACCAACAAGAAAAUAUUUUUGAUCAGUUUAUCUUGGUUAGAUAAAUAAAAAUUCAUAGGUUAGAUGUUAUCAUUUAAUUUAAUUAAAGUUAAAAUACUAUUUUUAUAGAAAACAUAAAUAUACCAAAGAGUAUGGUAUUGAUAAUAAUAAUUUUUUAUCUUCGAAUCUCGUACCUAAAAGUUAAUAUUAUGAUUUCUACAAAAUACAUCCAUUUUAGGCAAAAGUUUAUUUGUAAGACGUUUGAUUAUUUAAAGUAAAAUAAAAUGUGUAUUUUAACUUUAUAUGUUAGUUGAAUUUAUAAAGAAGCUCACAGAUUAACAUUGUGAUACCAUUUCAUACGGAAUAGAGAUGUUUUCUCCAGUGAAAUUUAUUAUUAUAUAGUGAAAAAAUAUACAAAUACUACCGUAUUGAUUUAAUUAUAGUUUCCUCAAUUCCCUAAACUAAGGUGCAUUAUUUUUGUUGUUUUGUUGUUAUACUUUUCACUUUAAGAAAGAAGACGUUCUUUCUCAAACUUUUUAAAAUCACAAUGCUUCCGUAACUUGUAGAGAUUGUAAAGGCUCCACUCUGGAGUACAGUAUACAGACACAGUUGUAGUAUUGUACAAGUGUUAUCAGUUUGAUCCUUGUAUCUUGUCCUCCCUUCCUUACCGGCCUCAUUCACCUUAGGUAAGCUGUACAUAGCCAUCGUGUUUAUAAAUACAUUGAUUGUCAAUACAAAUUUUGUUGUAUAUAUAAACUGUAAAAUAAGAGAAAACAAAUAAAAUGUCUAACAUCACGUG